CCAUGAAAAUUCAUGUUCAAGGAAACCCAUUUCCCAUAUGUCAACUUCUCACAUGGCUGCUUCCGAUGCCGGGAAGAAAGACAAAUAUCGUUCUUACUUGCAUGGCGAUGGAGAAAAGAACACACAAUGGAGAUUUGGUGCCCCUCCUAACUACGAUAUUGUUAACAAGCUCUUCGAAGAAGGCAGAACCAAGAUAUGGCCACCUGGGUCACUGGAAGAAACGGUACAGAACCUUUUGAAGACUUACGAAAUGGAGAUCUUCCACAAAGCAAACCCCGAGGACUUCAAAUCAAUUGAUCCAAAAAAGUAUACUCUCAGCCUGAAUGGUAGGGAAGCAUUGAGUUUGGAAGGUAUUAAGAAACUGGGUGGAGGCUAUAAUCCGCUGCUGCAAAGCUCUAUGCCUGAGGAGUUUCAGAUCUACAAACCUGCUGAGGAAACAGCAGAGUCAUCCCAUAAGGUUUUCACCACUACUUUCCCACGUGGAUUUGCGAUAGAAGUCGUUGAAGUCUAUUCCGGUCCACCCUCGAUAGCCUACAAGUUCAGGCACUGGGCUUACAUGGAAGGUCCGUUCAAAGGGCAUGCCCCUACUGGAGAGUUGGUUCAAUUCUAUGGCAUCGCUAUUUUUGGGGUGGAUGAGCAGAUGAGAGUCACAAAGGUGGAGUUCUUUUACGAUCCUGCAGAACUUCUUGGAGGACUAAUGAAGGGUGCCAAAAUUGAAAAUUACGAUGGAGAUGCUGCAACGACAAGUAGUUGCCCUGUCCUCAGGAACACGGGGUAGGAUAGAUCUGGAGACUAGAGGAUGAGUGCUACAAAUACCUUGUUCGAGAGGACUAGUUUGAAUAAAUUGUAGCAAUAUGGAGGCCAUGUUAUGGAAAAACAACGACAAAAUCAACACCAUCUGAUGCAAUAAACACGAAUAGUUAUAAAAUGUUUGAUUUAAUAAAACUAUAUAUUUAAUUAUUCA